UUUCCCAGCCCUUUUCAGUUUUUCUUCUCCUUCGUCGAUAAUUUUUGGAUGCUCUUUUCAUGAUAGUACAUGAUUCAGAUCCCAACGAUGAGCCUGCGGUAGAGAGAAAAAGGUGGAUGCAUGAAAUCUGCAGUUUUUUUUUCUCUUAUUUUUCUCACAGAAGCCACCGUUGGUAAAAAGUGGGAGGUGAAGGAGAUUUAGUGGGAGAGAGAGAGAGCAGAAAGAAAAGGGCACUUCUGCCUUUUCCUUUUGAUGUUCAUCAAUCUUCCAAAGGUUUCCACUCUCCCCCAAGUUCUUUUUUUUUUUUUUGGUUUUCUACUUUGGCAGGUUGGAAUCCGAAUGGUCAACCAACCUCAGUGUCUAAAUUUUUCUGUAUUUCUCUCUCCAGAAUUUGGGUUCAUUUCUUUUUAAUAUUUGAAAGGUGUGGUUGCGUCCACAUGGUUGAUUAUCUUCUUCUACUGUAGAUCAGGACAAUUGGGUUUUCUUCUGUCUCCAUUCUUUUAUUGAAGGAGUCAAUUUUAUUUUUUUGAGGGGGUUGGGUUCUUUUCUUUUUCAUUUGCUUCUGUCUGGUGUGCUUUUUUUUUCCCUGAGGUUGCUGCAUGCAAGGAGAGUGGGCGUGAAGCCUAGGGUUUUCUGAAGGGGCAGAGAGAGAGAGAGAGAUAAUGAGAAGGAAAAGCUAUAAGCAAGCGAGAGAGUGCUUAUGAGUAGUCGAGGGUGAAGGAGAGGAUAUGCCUUCCCCUGCUCUCUUUUGCCUUUCUUUUCACUCCCUCUCUCUUGGUUUCUAAAGAGAAAGCCUUGGAGGCACUGAGUUCACAUCUGCGUGUGCCUCUUCUCUCUCUCUCUCUCUCUCUCUCUCUCUCUCUCUACUUCUAUCUCUCGGGUUGUGCUGCAGUACUCUCUUUGUGGGUUGUCUGAAAUGGGUCUUCUGAGAUAGGGAAGAAUUGGAGGCACAAGGAGGGGGUUUCAUGAGUUUCGGGGGAUUUCUAGAGAGAAACUCUGGUGGUGCGAAGAUAGUGACGGAUUUGCCUUACAAUAUGCCUGUGGGUGCAAUCGCUCAUGCCCGUCUUGUUCCCCCUUCUCUCUUGUCUAGAUCCUCUAAGAGCAUGUUUAGCUCUCCUGGAUUAUCUCUAGCACUGACGAGCAGUGGUGGUGGUGGUGGAGGGAUGGAUGGUCAGGUACUUGAUGGUGAUGGUGGUGGCGGUGGAGUUGGUGGGGUUGUAGGUGUUCUUGGCGACUUUGAAGCCAGCAGGAAUAAGGAUGAUGAGUAUGAGAGUAGAUCCGGUAGUGAUAAUGUGGAGGGCGCGUCUGGUGAUGAGCAAGAUGGUGAUAACCCCCCAAGGAAGAAGAGAUAUCACAGACAUACUCCCCAGCAGAUUCAGGAGCUAGAAGCUCUCUUUAAGGAGUGCCCUCAUCCCGAUGAAAAGCAAAGGAUGGAGUUGAGUAGAAGAUUGAAUCUAGAGAGUAGACAAGUCAAAUUUUGGUUCCAAAAUAGGCGUACCCAGAUGAAGACUCAACUAGAGCGCCAUGAGAACUCUAUUCUCAGGCAAGAAAACGAUAAGCUUCGAGCUGAAAACAUGUCGAUCAGGGACGCCAUGAGGAACCCGAUUUGCAGCAACUGCGGGGGGCCGGCGAUGCUUGGAGAAAUCUCACUCGAAGAACAGCAUCUUCGGAUCGAAAAUGCUCGGCUCAAAGAUGAACUAGAUCGAGUCUGUGCACUUGCCGGCAAGUUCUUGGGCCGCCCCGUCUCGGCCAUGUCCUCGGUGCCCCCCAUCACGAGUUCAUCUCUCGAUCUUGCAGUGGGCAGCAAUGGAUUUGGAAACCUGAGCAGCGUGGCAACGGCCACAUUGCCUUCUGGCACCGACUUCAGCUGCGGCGGCGGUGGUGCCCUUGGCAUUGUGACGCCGAGGCCUCCUACCAUGAUGACUGCCGAGAGAUCUAUGUUUGCAGAGCUAGCCUUGGUCGCCAUGGAUGAGCUGGUUAAGAUGGCUAACACAGAUCGGCCCCUCUGGAUUCCAAGCUCGGAAGCUGGGAGGGAGACGCUCAAUUGUGAGGAAUACCUUCGAACAUUUUCUCGUUGUAUAGGACCAAAGCCUGUUGGAUAUGUUACAGAAGCCACUAGGGAGAGCGGCUUGGUGAUUAUAAACAGUGUGGCUCUUGUGGAGACUCUGAUGGAUCCGAACCGGUGGACGGAGAUGUUCCCAUGUAUGAUUGCAAGGUCCUCCACCAUUGAUGUGAUCUCAGCCGGCUUGGGCGGGACUAGAAACGGUGCCCUUCAAUUGAUGCAUGCUGAGCUUCAAGUUCUUUCUCCCCUAGUGCCGACCAGGGAGGUGCGUUUUCUGAGAUUCUGCAAGCAGCACGCCGAAGGCUUAUGGGCUGUGGUUGAUGUAUCCAUUGACGGCAUCAAGGACAACCAAAAUGGUGCCGGUUACAUGAGUUGCAGGAGACUCCCUUCUGGUUGUGUUGUUCAAGAUAUGCCCAAUGGCUACUCUAAGGUGGUGUGGGUCGAGCACGCCGAGUACGAUGAGGGCUCGGUUCAUCAGAUGUAUCGCCUUCUGCUGGGCUCGGGCAUGGGCUUCGGCGCGCAGAGGUGGGUCGCGACCCUGCAAAGACAAUGCGAGUGCCUUGCCAUCCUCAUGUCAUCGGCCAUCUCCAACCGCGUCGACCAUGCCGCGAUUACUCCAGCGGGUCGCCGGAGCAUGCUGAAGCUGGCGCAACGCAUGACCAACAACUUCUGUGCCGGCGUGUGCGCGUCGACGGUGCACAAGUGGAACAAGCUGUGCGCCGGCAAUGUGGAUGAAAAUGUGCGGGUGAUGACGAGGAAGAGCGUUGACGAUCCCGGCGAGCCGCCGGGCGUGGUGCUCAGCGCCGCGACGUCGGUUUGGCUGCCGGUGUCGCCGCAACGCCUGUUCGACUUCCUCCGGGACGAGCGGCUCAGGAGCGAGUGGGAUAUUCUCUCCAAUGGCGGGCCGAUGCAGGAGAUGGCCCACAUCGCCAAGGGCCAAGAUCACGGGAACUGCGUCUCUCUCUUGCGCGCUAGCGCGAUGAAUGCGAACCAGAGCAGCAUGUUGAUCCUGCAGGAGACUUGCACCGAUACGUCGGGCAGCUUGGUAGUGUACGCGCCGGUGGACAUACCGGCGAUGCACGUGGUGAUGAAUGGUGGGGACUCGGCCUAUGUGGCGCUGCUGCCGUCCGGCUUCGCAAUCCUGCCGGACGGACCGGGAUGUCGGCCGCCCCCACAGCUUGGUGGGAUGAGCCCGCCGGCAAGGGUGGGUGGCUCUCUUCUGACCGUGGCGUUCCAGAUCCUGGUGAACAGCCUGCCGACGGCCAAGCUCACCGUGGAGUCCGUGGAGACGGUUAACAACCUAAUCUCCUGCACCGUCCAAAAAAUCAAAGCGGCUCUUCAUUGCGAGAACUAACUCUUCUCCCUCUCCCUCUCUCUCUCUCCCUCAAAGUGAAACAAGAAAAAAAAAAAAGGGAAUAAAAGUGGUGGGUAUCGGCGGAGCGCUGUAUCGUCCUAGGCGAAAUGACCAAAACGACCUUGAAUUUCGACGGAACAAUGCCGGAGUUUGGGGUGGUUUUAGUCAUUUUUUGCCUUUGCGCAACUCUGGUGGUGGUAGACCGGUGGUGGUGGUCGUCGUCGUCGUAGGUGCAUCAGUGGCGGUCGUCGCCGUCGUCGUAGCAGUAGUGGUAGUGGUGGUGUUGAUGUGUUGUGAGUCAAGAACGAACCGCACGUACACAGUAAGGAAUCAGCCAUGCAACGAUGUCAGCAAGGAAUCGUCCUCUGUCUAUGGCUCUUCUUGUUGGGGUGGUGGUGGUUCGGGCAUUGACUCGUGAAGCCGAUUUGCUUUCUGUCUGUGAGCGUCUGGUUUGUGUAGGGAAGACGAUGAUGGUAUGGUGUUUCUUCUUGUAGCAUCUGUUCUCAAAGCUUUAGUGUAAACAUGGCUUUGAGAGAGCGUAAUUUUUUGUUAUUCUUAUCUAA